UGGUGAGGCUUCUGGAGGAGCAUUAAUAGCGACAUGAUUCCACUUGCAGCCCUAUAGAGAUUGGUUUCUCUGUCUUCCCUUACAGUCGUGGUCUUAACGUUCCUGUGUUAAGUGCCAGAAUGAGUGACCGCUAUCUAGAACAAAGGAUUAGUAUCAAAUUUUGCGUCAAAUUGAACAAGUCUGCAAGUGAGACCCACCACCUUUUAAAAGAAGCUUAUGGGGAUGAAGUCAUGUCCAGGGCCAGAGUUUUCGACUGGCACAAAAGGUUUAAAGAAGGGCGGGAAGACGUUCGAGAUGACGCCCGAAGUGGCCGUCCAGUCACCCACCGGACGGAUGAAAAUAUUCAGAAGGUUAAGGACUUGGUUUGUUCAAACAGGCGGUUGACAGUGAGGAUGAUGGCCGAAGAGUUAAAUUUAGAUAAAGAAACUGUUAGACUCAUUCUGAAAGAAAACUUGAAUAUGAGAAAAGUUUCUGCAAAAGUCCUCUCAGGUAUUUUGAAGGAUGAACCUCAGCCUGGGAAACUUGACUUUCGGUCUGAUCUUUCAAAGGAAACUAGGAAAAAUAGCUCGUGUGUAAGGAAAAAGAUAACAAGUUCUGAAACAUGGACUCAUCUCCAGUGUGAAGCUGGCGGGGAGAUACCUCUGCCUGUAUCUCAUCCCCAGAACCACUUCCCUGCCAGCCAGCUUCUGCAUGCUUCAUCAUCAACAAGCCUUCCCACCAGAGCAGCUCAGGACUGGUUCACACCAUGGUGAAAGGAAUGUGAGGCGGCCAAGCCCGAGGUAGAAAGCUGCCUCACAGUUGGGCACCUUCCUUUGCUGCCCCUCCAUUUUCAGUCUUUACCAUUCCUUCCCCCAUGUCACAGC